AAAUAUGAACAAAAGAAUGAAACUGUAAUGUUAAUUUAAUGGCUACCCGGACGGAAGCUUUCAACUCAAUCUCAACCCGCAUCCGCAAUCUAUUCAUGGCAUCGUCAAGCUUCGACUUCCUCAGCGUGAAGCCCUACACUCCUCCUUCCUGGGCAUCCCACCUCCACCCUUUACCUUCUCAUAUCUUCUCUCUUGCCCAUCUUCCCACUCCAAUUCACAGAUGGAACCUUCCCAACUUGCCAGCGAAUACGGAGGUGUGGCUCAAGAUUUUGCAGCGUGACGACCUCUCUGGAAUGCAAUUGAGUGGGAACAAAGUCAGGAAAUUGGAGUUCUUGAUGGCCGAUGCGAUUGCGCAAGGUGCUGACUCUGUCAUUACAAUCGGAGGCAUCCAAAGCAACCAUUGUCGUGCCACUGCCGUUGCUGCUAAGUAUUUAAAUCUUGACCCUUUUCUUAUUCUCCGCACUUCUAAGCUCCUUGUUGACCAAGAUCCCGGACUCAUUGGUAAUCUCCUGGUUGAGCGUUUCGUUGGAGCUCACCUUCAACUUAUAUCCAAGGAAGAAUAUGCGCAAAUUGGAAGUGUCACACUUACCAAUAUCCUAAAAGAAAAGUUGAUAAAGGAAGGGAGGAAGCCAUACGUUAUUCCUGUCGGUGGAUCAAACUCUGUUGGAACAUGGGGUUAUAUAGAGUCAGUUCGGGAAAUUGAACAGCAGAUUCAAAGUGGUACAAGCAAUGUCAAGUUUGAUGAUAUUGUUGUGGCUUGUGGCAGUGGAGGUACAAUUGCUGGUCUAUCACUGGGAUCAUCAUUGAGUACCUUGAAAGCAAGGGUACAUGCAUUCUCUGUUUGUGAUGACCCAGAUUACUUCCACGACUUUGUCCAAGGCUUGCUUGAUGGACUCAAAGCUGGUGUUAACUCAAGAGAUAUUGUACACAUACAAAAUGCGAAGGGUCUUGGGUAUGCAAUGAACACUUCCGAGGAGCUUAAGUUUGUAAAAGAAGUUGCUGAAGCUACUGGUGUUGUUCUUGACCCAGUAUACAGCGGCAAGGCUGCAUAUGCUAUGCUGAAUGAUAUGAAUGAAAAUCCAAAGAAAUGGGAAGGGAGAAAGAUCCUCUUCAUACAUACAGGUGGUCUCUUAGGAUUGUAUGACAAGGUCGAUCAGCUGGCAUCUUUUGUUGGGAAUUGGCAGAAAAUGGAUGUUAAUGAAUCUAUUCCUAGGCAGGAUGGUACUGGAAAGAUGUUCUAGAGAAGGAAAACGAGAAAACACUGUUAUUGCUUGCAUCUAUGUUUUGUAGUAUCUUACUCUAAAUAAGUUGUAUUUUAUAGCAAUGGACUCACGGGAUCCUGAAGUUACUAUAUGAUAAUAAAGAUAUCCGAAAAAUAAAGUGAUGAUAUGACAAA